GUGAUGGAUAACACAGACAUACAUAUCGUGCCCAACACUCUCAUGAUCGUCGGUCUGGCUUCUUUGGGCAUCAACUACUUUGCGUCAAAGAUCUGUCAGGAUGCGUUGGACGCAGGGCGGUUUCCCCGCUGGAAGAACUUCUUGAAGCCCUACUUYGCCGUCUCGUGCUUCUUCACCGUCCUCAUGCUGCUGGCUGUCAUCAUGAGCUACGCAAUGAAGGGCAGCCUGGAGUCUUCUCUGAAGGUCGGCCUGAGGAACGGCAUCCGCUUCUACAAGGACACGGACACCCCUGGUCGGUGCUUCCAGAAGCAGAACAUCGAUCGGCUGCAGAUGGAGUUCCAGUGCUGUGGGAACAAUGACUUCAGGGACUGGUUUGAAGUCCAGUGGAUCAGCAACCGCUACCUUGAUUUCAACUCCAAGGAGGUCAAAGACCGUGUCAAGAGCAACGUAGAUGGACGUUACUUGGUUGAUGGAGUCCCGUUCAGCUGCUGUAACCCCAGCUCUCCACGUCCAUGCAUCCAGUACCAGCUCACCAACAACUCUGCUCACUAUAACUACGACUACCAAACCGAGGAGCUCAACAUCUACCUCCGAGGCUGCAGAGAGGCCCUGGUCCACUACUACAUGGGCCUGAUGAACACCAUUGGAGCUGGAGUGCUGUCAAUUUUCCUCCUACAGGGUUCUGUCCUGGUGAGCUUGCGCUUCCUGCAGACGGCCAUGGAAGCAGUGGCAGGGAAGGAAAACACCGAGAUCGAGACAGAAGGGUACCUGCUGGAGAAGGGGGUGAAAGAAACCAUCAUGGAGUACGUCAACCCCAUGCUGAAGUUCCUCCUGCUCAAAAACCAGGUCCAAGAAGGAGAGGCUGCCCCCGCUACCGCCUGAACYUCCCACCAUGUACACACCUGUAAAUAGUUUUUACAAAGAGAGCUAUAUUAUUUUCAUUYACAAAGGGGGACACAAUGAGGACACUUCUGUGAAUUUGACAAAAUUAGGUGUAGGAUUUUCAUUGUGAAUAUCACGGAUAAGAUUAACUAUAAUGUCCUCAAUGAAAUUCUACUGUGGUAUCCUCAUUAACAAAGAAAUGGUCAACUGGAGACAUUUYAUUGUUUAUUUUUUUAUUUUAUUUUUCCUGUUAUGUACUGUACAUGAACAGUUAAUCUGUCAUUGUUACCCAAAAACAUCCUUAACCACUUUAUUACUUCUAAAAAUGAACAUUGUUUUUCUUUUUUUGCAAUAAAAUCAUCCCUGUUCACCCAGAGAAAAGGAAACAUUUAAUAAGGCAGUGUAUGAAAAUGUGAUUUAUGGUUUUAAGAAAACUAAAAAGUGAGGUGACCAUAGAGAGACGUGAUGCUCAACACAACUAUAACAUCAUUGAUGAUUUAAUAAAAUUUGGAGUUACUGAA